AUGGCAGUCGACAUGGAACCCCGGAGCUCGGACAAGAUUGAGCCCUCUGCUCCCACGAAGAUCCCAUACUGGCGCUUAGUCUUCGAUCAGGGCGUUGUCACCCAAACCAUCAUCGAUCACCCAUACUCCGGCUCAGGAACGGACGAGGACCCCUUCGCAGUCACAUGGAUUCCUGAGGACCCUCGCAAUCCCAUGAAUUUCAGCGAAAGGAAGAAGUGGACUUUUACCAUGCUGGUGGCCAUUGCGACUUUGGCCGUUUCCUUGGUGUCGUCGGCCUAUACCGGCGGUAUCAAAGAGAUCAUGAUGGAUUUCAACAUCGGACAGGAAGUCGCUACGCUGGGUGUCUCGCUUUUCGUUCUCGGUUUCGCAAUUGGACCAUUGCUCUGGGCUCCACUGAGUGAGCUGUUCGGUCGCCAAAUCCUGUUCGUUGUCACCUAUGCCGCUCUCACAGCCUUCAACGCUGGUGUCGCCGGUUCUAAAAACGCCCAGUCCCUCAUCAUUUGUCGAUUCUUUGCUGGUGCAUGGGGCUCUUCGCCCUUGACCAAUGCCGGUGGUGUCAUUGCGGAUAUGUUCCCGGCUAAGCAACGAGGUGUCGCCAUGAGUCUAUUUGCUGCUGCACCAUUCCUUGGCCCUGUUAUCGGUCCAAUCGCCGGUGGAUUCAUCGGCAUGAGUGAUGGCGGCUGGCAAUGGGUUAUGGGUUUCCUUGCUACGUUCUCCGGUGCAGUCUGGAUCUUCGGCUCACUGCUAAUUCCCGAGACCUAUGCGCCUGUGCUUCUCCGUCGCCGCGCGGCAAAACUCUCGAAGCUGACGGGUAAGGUCUACCGGAGUCAGCUUGAAAUCGAGCAAGGCAAGGUUUCCCUGAAGGAGUCUUUCAAGAUUUCGCUCUCUCGUCCUUGGAUUCUCCUAUUCCGGGAGCCCAUUGUGUUCUUGCUGUCUCUUUAUAUGGCUAUUGUUUACGGCACCUUGUACAUGAUGUUCGCCGCGUUCCCGAUCGUCUACCAGCAAUACCGUGGCUGGAACCAGGGUGUCAGCGGUCUUGCCUUCCUCGGCAUCAUGAUCGGCAUGUUAAUUGCCGUCGGCUAUUCCCUCUGGGACAACAAGCGCUAUAUCGCGGUAUCCGAUAAAUACGAUGGUUUCGCUCCUCCCGAGGCACGUCUUCCACCCUGCCUCGUCGCAUCCGUCGCAAUCCCCAUCGGCCUGUUCUGGUUCGCAUGGACCAACUAUACCUCGAUCCACUUCAUGGUCAGCAUCGCAGCCGGCGUUCCCUUCGGCUUCGGAAUGGUCUUAGUCUUCCUCAGCAUCAUGAACUACCUCAUCGACGCCUACACCAUCUUCGCAGCCUCCGUGCUAGCCGCUAAUUCCGUCAUCCGUUCCCUCUUCGGCGCCGCCUUCCCCCUUUUCACCACCUACAUGUACCAAGACCUCGGUAUCCACUGGGCGUCGUCAAUUCCAGCUUUCCUGGCGCUCGCCUGCGUGCCGUUCCCAUUCCUAUUCUACAAGUACGGACCCGCGAUUCGCACCCGCUGCAAGUUCGCCGCCCAGUCCGACGCUUUCAUGCGCAAGAUCCAGGAGCAGGCCACAUUCCCGGCUGAAGACGAGAAAGUGGAAUAUGACCGCACAGAAGCUCCCGCACCUGAAGUGGGCUCGGUCUCUAGCGAGUCAGACGAGGGUGUCGAUAACCAUCUCUCUCCGCAGCGCAUUCGCAGCCAUACACGCUCUGUUGCUUCCGCCCGCACCGGUCACUCGUUGACUCGCUCGGUUACCUACGAGGGAAAUCCUUACGAUAUUGACCGAGUCAAUACUCGGGAGUCUUUCAAGGCAUAG